CCUACCUCUCACCAUCUACAAUCACCAUCUACAAUGGCCACUUCUUCCAUUAUCCAAUUCUUAUCCUUCUCUCUCCUUCUCUUUCUCUGCUCCUCUUUUGCCCAAACCUCCUUUCGCCCUAAAGCUCUCGUCGUGCCCGUCACUAAACACGCUCCCACUCUCCAAUACCUUACCACAAUCAACCAAAGAACGCCCCUCGUCCCGGUGAGCCUCGUCGUGCAUUUAGGCGGCGAGUUUCUGUGGGUUGACUGCGACAACAACUACGUUUCCUCGUCUUACCGCCCGGUCCGGUGCCGGUCCGCGCAAUGCUCCCUGGCCACGAAGAACACCGCCUGCGGGGAUUGUUUCUCCGGGCCUAGGCCCGGGUGUAACAAUAACACCUGCGGCGUUUUUCCGCAUAAUCCCAUUACCCGGACUUCCACUAGCGGCGAGCUGGCGGAGGAUGUUGUGUCGGUUAAGUCAACUAACGGGUUUAAUCCGGGAAAAGCGGCGGAAGUUUCGCGUUUCAUUUUCUCUUGUGCGCCGACCUCGCUUUUGGAAGGGCUGGCUAACGGGGCGGUGGGAAUGGCGGGUCUAGGGCGGACACGUGUCGGAGUCCCGUCGCAAUUCUCCGCCGCCUUUAGCUUCCAUCGGAAAUUCGCCGUCUGCCUAUCGUCGUCCACCGGCGUCAUCUUCUUCGGCGACGGGCCCUACCAUUUCCUGCAAAACGUGGAGGCGUCGCAGCUCUUGACGUACACUCCGCUUCUGAUCAACCCCGUCAGCACCGCCGGAGUUUUCACCGCCGGCACACCCUCGGCGGAUUACUUCAUCGGCGUCAAGUCAAUCCAAGUCGAAGACAAAGCCGUAGCGUUAAACACGUCACUGCUUAAAAUCGACAGCCAAGGCAACGGAGGGACAAAAAUCAGCACCGUCGAUCCUUACACUAUUCUAGAAACUUCCAUCUUCAAAGCCGUGACAAAAGCCUUCAUCAAAGCCGCCGCCGCGAGAAACAUCACCAGAGUGGCGGCGGUUAAGCCGUUUGAGGUCUGUUUCAGCCCCGACAACGUUCUUGCCACGCGACUCGGGGCGUCGGUGCCGUGGAUCACUCUUGUUCUGCAAGGGCAGAGCGCGAGCUGGACGAUCACCGGGUCGAAUUCCAUGGUGGAUCUAAGGGAUUCCGGGAAGAAUGCGCUGUGCCUUGCAGUGUUGGACGGCGGCGUAGAGCCUAGAACUUCCAUUGUUAUCGGCGGUUACCAGUUGGAAAACAAUCUUUUGCAGUUUGACCUGGCAACCUCCAGAUUGGGUUUCAGCUCGACGCUGCUAGGAAGACAGACAACCUGCGCCAACUUCAAUUUCACAUCCAAUGCUUAAGUGCAUGGAAUGGAAUGGAAUCUCACGUUAUAUUUUGCUGCACAAGAUUGCAAUAAAAGGAUCUUUCAUGCCAUGGGAGCUUCGAUUUGUUUUGUUUAUAUUUAAUAUUUCUAUGUUCUUUUAAUUUUGUAACUUUUGUAGUAUUGUCUUGAUGAUAAAGAAAAUAAAUGAAUAAAAUAGGAUAAAGAAAUUAAAUGCCUUAUUUUAGUA